CAGAAAAAUUUUAUUUUUUUGUCGGACUUAGACGGAAGCAUCGCAAGGCAAAAGAUUGAUUUUGUGUAAAUAUUUAUUUGAUUUCGUUGGUUAAAACUAAAGAAAUUUUUAUUCACAACACAUAUUCAUGGCACUUACAGCUUUUCUGUUCAAUUAGAUUUAUUUGGCGAAAAGAUGGGAAUGUUUAACCGAUCUUGUAUAUUAAAUUUGAACUGCUAAGUUUCACCUAAGUUAGUAAUGAACGAAUUAAAUAAUGGCGAUAUCAGAUAGCUGUACUAAAUUUCUCCAUAAAUGGCAGCUCGUGGGGAUGAACCGAGAAUACAAAACAGUUUUACAAGGGGGGUUCCACAUUUUGCUCCCAAUAAGGAUGAGAAAAAGCAGAUAUUGGCCUGAAAAAGGAUUAUAUAAACACGAGAAAGAGUACAAUAAUACACUUAUAACAAUGCUUCGACUGUAGCUAUAGUUGAAAUGUAGAACCACAUUUAUUUCAUGUCUUCUCACAGCAUGGCAAAUGACAAAUAGAUGGGAUCGUAAAUUCGAAAAUAGCGAGGGCUUACACGUCUCCCAUAAAUAGUAAUAAAGCGUUCCACGUAUUUGCUCAAAACAACACCCAAGACAAACAAACGCGAGGUUAUUUUUUAUUUGCAUUAUUACCUCAUUGGAGCUCAACAAACACUCGGUACAAACCACUGAUACGUUGCCUGUACACGCCAGUAAUUUCUACCAUAUAAUACGGUCAUGUUGUUUUCAGGUAAAUUGAAUGCUUAAGCAAUUUCAUAAUAUCCUCAAUGAGGUGUUUUCGACUUUUGCUCUGAACAGAGAAUCAGACAUGAGUAGAAUAUGCAGGUUUAGCGAUAGAAGGGGCACUGACCAAUUUAUUACGCGCUUUAUUAUAGCUCAGAUUUAGAACAAGGACAAGAAAAGCGAGCGAAACCAGAAACGUAAUGAAUCGAGCACAUUAGGAAUUGUGAAUUUAUAAAAUCCUUUCCUAAACCUGUACAGCAAAAGUCAGUUUUGACUCUUGUUUUGAAUUUCUUCUUCCAGUAGUUUGUUUUCCAUUUAACUUGGUUUGAAUUGAACAAGCUGUAGAAUUAACAAAUUUGAGUGAAAUCUGAAAAUGGAGCGAAGUAAACAACCCGCGACUCCUGUUAAGUCAGCAUUGUUAUGCAAGCGCGCCGUUACAUAAUCCAAUCUAUUUUUUGAAAUCGUUGGGUUUAUUUUUUUCACUAGUUUUAAUGUUUGUGUUUAGAUUCUUAAGUCUAGACAAGUAGAAUAAUUAUAGUACUUUGUGUGAAAUUGGUACAUUCUGUGCGACCUAUAAAAUAUUUGCGAAACACUUAAACGAUGUUUGUUCACCCCAAUAAUUUUCAUCACAUAAUAAGGUCUUUUUGUAAAGUAAAUUGAAAAACAAGUAAAAAGUUAUUCUUAAUUAGGAUAUGAUCAUUCAGACCAUAUUCAUUUUCAUCUUCGGAACUUCACCAUUACUUGGUAUUCUAGUGUCGAUAUCACACUACAAUCACAGUAAAUUCACCAUCUUGUUUUGUCCAAAAGUUUGAGCAAUUCAUUCUCUUCGCUACUGUUUAGUCAAGCGCUAGAAGGUACUUAGUGUGUAUUUAGGUGCAACGUAAGGAGGCAGGCACGAGUUUAUGACCUUUUGAUAAACCAAACUAAGACGUGUAUAACCAAACUACAUAAAUUCCACACGUUUUGCACAGAAUAUGGCAUUAGACAAGCAGUCGUGGGUGUCAGGAGCAAUUGAGGACAUAAGAUUUUGCUUUAAUCGAAAAUAUUUGCACAAGGAAUGAAAUACAGUGAAGUUUCUUUGAAAAUGCAUGUAUUAAGCAUUGCUAUUUCAUGCUAACAUUAACUUUCAUUUCGAUCGUAAUAUAUCUCAUUGGGUAUAAAGCAAAACAAAAAAAAAAUACUGUUAAUGGUAUUGGUUCAACGCAUUUAAAAUUUCUAUAACUUGUGCGGUAACGAAGCCACACAUGUGAACUGUUAUGGAAAGCCUUGGUGGAACAACAAAGCAUGCAAUCGAGGAAAGUUGUGAUGAACCACCAGCUAAGAUCAGAUGUACGGAAACCAACUUAACGAAUACAGAUUCGAUCAAACUUUCCGAUUCUAUUUUGCUGUUUCGAGAUAAAAAAAUUUCGAACCAUGGCGAUGUAUAUGAAGGAGAAAUAUCGAGUGCAAUUUAUGGAACUCGUCCGAUUGCGAUAAAAUUAGUUCAAUACAACAAACAAAGUGUGGAAGAGGCAAAAAUUCUUUACCGACUGAACCCUAGCACUCAUGUAGUCUCUGUGAUUCAUUCAGAUGAAUACCAACAAGGUCCAAUGAAAUAUAUGUACAUUGCAAUGGACAAAUGUAACCAAGACAACUUGAGAGGUUUUGUUGAAAAUCGAAAGAAAACCGAAAUCCCAUUCGAUCCUGAAAUUGCACUUGAUUUUGCAAAACAGUUAUUUGCUGGAAUUUUAUACAUUCAUGAUAAACUUGUGGUGCACAAAGAUCUUAAGCCUGAUAAUGUAUUUUUAUCCCUGGAUCAAAAAGUUGUCAAAAUUGGUGAUUUUGGCAUAAGUGAAGUCAUCGAGUCAAAGACUCAAACAGUUUACACCAGAAAAGGUCUCGGUACUGACGGUUACAGACCCCCUGAAUCAUUUGUGCCUGGAUUUCCAACUUCCCAAAAAACUGACAUAUAUUCACUGGCUGUCAUUGUUUACUAUGUAUGGAGUGACGGUAAACAUCCCUUUGGUGACGAAAGGGAUCUAUGGAAUCAUUUCAUGAAAAACCAUAAAAACCUGAACCUAGAUGAACUUUUAGUUCCAGACAAAGAAGUUGCAAAAGAUUUACUGGAAUGGAUGCUGCAGUUUGUUCCUCGUAAACGUCCAAUAAUAAACGAGGUUCUCUCUCAUAAAUAUAUGGCUUCAACAAACGUAAAAGGUUUACUAUUCCGAGAUCUACAGGAAGAAUCUACACCUGUCAGCUCUCUAACGAGCAGUCAUGAUAAACUUUUGCUUCCACAUUUUGAGAAUGAAACUUUUAAAUCAGAUUUGUCAACAAGAAAGAAAACUAAAAUUCAUUCUUCACAAGUUGCAACUUCAUUAUCAAAGCUCGUUAAUAAUUUCCACUUUGUAAAAUAUCUUAAAGAACAAGCAAAGAAUAGGAAGGCAGCUUCGACCUCCGUAGAUCGCAUACAUCUCACUGAUGAUAUCUUGUGGUAUAAAGACAAUGUGGUUUAUGAAUUUUCGGAUUUCACAGUUUACGAAGGUCAACGGAAACUUCCGAAUUCAGAGACAGAACCUUUAGCAAUAUGGGUGUUUUCUUCGUGGGAUGCAGACUUUCUUUACAAACUAGAAGCUCUUCAGCAACUUCCACCUCACCCAAACCUAAUCUCUGUUAUGACUAGUGGUCGUGUGAAUGGAACAAGUCAACAUUUUAUUGCUACUGAAAGAUGCCAGUUCCAAACUCUUCAUGAAUAUUAUAAAGAGAGGGAAAAAAACAAUAUUCCUUUUGAUCCUAGACUUGCUCUCGUACAUGCAAAACAAUUAGUUAGUGGUCUACAACAUCUUCAUAAAUAUAAUAUUGUUCAUGGGGAAAUGGAGGGGAGUAUUCUUUUUUCACAUGACAUGCAAAAUGUGAAAUUUAGUUUUCAGAACUAUUUUAUACCAUAUUACUCCUAUGGAUAUAAUCUCAGUAUAAGUGAUAUUAUUACCUUAGGGUAUAACUUGUAUAAAUUAUGGUCCAAUCAACAGGAAAUUCGUGUUUUUUAUUAUUCCUUUUCGCUUGCUUUUGAUCCCAGUAUUCUACUUAUUCCUAACCUUCACUUGGCUGGUGAUUUGCUCACAAGAAUGACACACGAUGAUGGAGACCAACUAAUAACAAUUCAGCAGGUUAUUGAUCAUGAAUUCUGGAAAAGUAUCAACAUUUAGUUUUUCUUUUCAUUAUUUAUUUGUCUUGUGCAUGUUUUUUUUUUAUAUUACCAAGUAGUAUAAAAACCAGUAAUAGGGGGGGCGUAUAUAUACAUUUACAUAUGUAUGCAACGACGUUAUUAGGGAGACAUAGUAGUAUAAAAACCAGUUAUAGAGGGGCGUAUAUAUACAUUUACAUAUGUAUGCAACGACGUUAUUAGGGAGACAUAGUAGUAUAAAAAUCAGUAAUA